AUGACGAAUCCUCACGCUGAGGACAACGUUCCUCACGUCGAGGACAGGGUACCUCACGCUGAGGACAAGGCACCUCACGGUGAGGACAAGGUUCCCCACGCUGAGCUCAAGGUUUCUCACAUUGAGGACAAUUAAGCUUCUUCACGCUGAGGACAAGGCUCCUCACGCUGAGCUAGAACAAGGUUCUUAACGCUGAAGACAAGGUUCCCCACGCUGAGGACAAGGUUCCCCACGCUGAGGACAAGGUCCUUCGCGCUGAGUACAAGGUUCCCCACGUUGAGGAAAAGGUUCCCCACGCCGAGCACAAGGUUCCUCUUUGCCGAGCACAAAGUUCUUCACUCUGAGGACAAGGUUUCUCAAGCUGAGGACAAGGUUCCUCACGCUGAGGACAAACUUUCUCAAGCUGAGGACAAGGUUCCUCACGCUGGGGACAAGCUUUCUCACGCUGGGACAAGGAUUUCAACCUGCGGACAAGGUCCUUACGCUGAGGACAAUGUUCCUCACGCUGAGGACACGGUUCCUAACGCUCAGGACAAGGAUCCUCACGCAAAGGACAAGGUUCCUCACGCUGACGACAAGGUUCCCCAAGCUGACGACAAGGUUCCUCUCGCUGAGGACAAGGCUCUUCAUGCUGAGGACAAGGUUCCUCACGCUGAGUCAAUGUUCCCCAAGGUGAGGUCAAGAUUCGUCACGCUGAGAAUAAGGUUCCUCACGCUGAGGACAAGGUUCCUCACGCUGAGGACAAGGUUCCUCACGCCGAGCACAAGGUUCCCCAACCUGAGAACAAGGUUCCUCAUGCUGGGGACAACGCUACUUACGCUGAGAACAAGGUUCCUCACGCGGGUGACAAGGUUCCUCACGCUGGUGACAAGGUUCGUCAAGCAGAGGACAAGGUUCUCACGCUGAGGACAAGGUUUGCACGCUGAGGACAAGGUUCCUCACGCUGAGGACAAGGAUCCUCAAGCUGAGGACAAGGUCCUCACGCUGAGGACAAGGUUCUGACGCCGAGGACAAGACUCCUCAAGCUGAGGACAACAUUUCUCACGCUGAGGACAAGGUCCCUCACGCUGAGGACAAGGUUCCCCAAGCUGAGGACACGCUUCCUCACGCUGAGGACAAGGCUCCUCACGCUGAGCUAGAACAAGGUUCUUAACGCUGAAGACAAGGUUCCCCACGCUGAGGACAAGGUUCCCCACGCUGAGGACAAGGUCCUUCGCGCUGAGUACAAGGUUCCCCACGCUGAGGAAAAGGUUCCCCACGCCGAGCACAAGGUUCCUCUUUGCCGAGCACAAAGUUCUUCACUCUGAGGACAAGGUUUCUCAAGCUGAGGACAAGGUUCCUCACGCUGAGGACAAACUUUCUCAAGCUGAGGACAAGGUUCCUCACGCUGGGGACAAGCUUUCUCACGCUGGGACAAGGAUUUCAACCUGCGGACAAGGUCCUUACGCUGAGGACAAUGUUCCUCACGCUGAGGACACGGUUCCUAACGCUCAGGACAAGGAUCCUCACGCAAAGGACAAGGUUCCUCACGCUGACGACAAGGUUCCCCAAGCUGACGACAAGGUUCCUCUCGCUGAGGACAAGGCUCUUCAUGCUGAGGACAAGGUUCCUCACGCUGAGUCAAUGUUCCCCAAGGUGAGGUCAAGAUUCGUCACGCUGAGAAUAAGGUUCCUCACGCUGAGGACAAGGUUCCUCACGCUGAGGACAAGGUUCCUCACGCCGAGCACAAGGUUCCCCAACCUGAGAACAAGGUUCCUCAUGCUGGGGACAACGCUACUCACGCUGAGAACAAGGUUCCUCACGCUGGUGACAAGGUUCCUCACGCUGGUGACAAGGUUCGUCACGCAGAGGACAAG